AUGCGUUGCAUUCAGAUGCUACCCGUGGCAGAGUAUGGACCGUGGAACGCGGCGUUCGUCCCCUUGAUGAACAUUUUCUGCACGGUUGCCUGGAACUUCGGGGAUCUGUUCGUCAUUGUGCUCAGCCUUUCCUUGGUGGAGCGCUUCAGGCAGCUUAACCGCAACCUGCAAGCAGUCGAGAACAAGAAUCUUCCGAAUGUUGUAUGGCGUCAACUGCGGGAAACGUACAACUCGCUAGCCGACUUGACCAGGACACUGGACGAAGCCAUCACCAAAUUUGUCCUCCUGUCCUUCGCCGGAAAUCUUUACUUCAUCUGCAUCCACCUUCUGCAGGGCAUGAGGUUGAUCAUGGACGCCUACCAUUAUGUAUAUUUCUUCUACUCUUUUGGCAUCUUGCUGCUACGUUCUUGCACGGUCCUCCUGUGCUCAUCCGCGAUCCACGACGAGAGCAAGAAGCCACGGAGAGUGCUGCACGCCGUACCCUCUGAGAGUUACUGUUCCGAGGUUCGCCGGUUCCUCGCUCAGGUCAACACGGACCACGUUGCUCUGACCGGAUACAACUUCUUCUACGUGACAAGAUCACUAAUGCUGACGAUGGCGGGGACUAUUGUCACGUAUGAAGUUUUAUUAAUUCAGUUUCAAGGCGUCAGAGGAAGCUCUAGUAGCCCGCCGGCAGCCAAAGAAUUUAACAUAACACAUGCUGAAUCUUAUGUUAUUUAUUCUUGA